AUGUUUCCACAGGUGAAGAUAUAUGUGGGAGCGACACAAACGUAUGCUGUAAAUGAUUCACUUGUACGAGUCUUCAACGAUGACAAUUUUGCUCCAGCGUUCCGGUCAGCAUCAAAGAGUUCUCGAACCUUUAAAUCGAAAAGCCCAAGACACACAUGGCAAAUGCUCUAUAUGUUCCAAUCCAUUCACUGUGAUGACCUUCUCAGUAAUACAGAUGUCAUGGAAGAGAUAUCUCACGCAGACCUCGUUGUUGGUGAAUUUAUUUACCUCUGCUCGUCUUUGGUCGCGGAUAAAUUCUCACUUCCACUUGUUCUAAUAUCAGCUGCCACAUUAGAUACUCCCACAGCAUUCGCCUUCGGCUUACCCGCCCCUCCUUCCUACAUACCACAGAUUGGAGUUUCUCUUUCAGACAAGCUAACAUUUACAGAAAGAGCAUGGAGUCUUUUACAAUGGAUUAUUCUAUAUGGAUCUUACAUUUACGAUAUGUGUCCGCCUUAUGAGAAGAUCAAGGCAAAGUACGCCAUUACACCCAGCAAGAGCAUACAAGAAACACUUGGCAGAGUUGACUUGAUAAUCGGUCAGAUGGAUUUCUUUAUAGAGCAUCCAAGGCCUCUUUAUCCGAGUAAGUGCCAACACUGUUUUAAAUGGGCAUCCUUUUUUUUUUUUUUUUUUUUUUUUUUUUAAUUCCUUUACUACGGCUAUUAUAAACCUAUAGACUACGUGCUUCUCGUGUGCCUCACUUCCACUGGCUUGUGCGACGCAGUAACAUCACAAUUUUUUCGCUGAUUUUUUUUUUCGACUUCGCUACGGACUUUUGCCGAAAAGGAGGGAAUGGUCGUAGUCCAGUGUAACUCGGGUCUUAAAAUCGGCAGUAUGCGUGAAAGGAUACAGCAAGUUGAAUAUUACUCCUAACUGCUUUUAUACCUGCAAACUAAGGUUUCAAUGAAUUUGAGCCAAAAAAAAAUUAAAGUUCACGAUAUGGAUUUUUUUUAAGUCAUCCAUCUAGGUGCGGGGCCUCACCAACAGAGUUUUACUUUCUUAACCUCAUUGAUCAAACGAUCAAGGAAUGAGCAUUUCAAGACUUUAAUGCUCCAUAUCGAGGCUUGGAUAAAUCUGUAUGUUUUACCGCCAUUAAUUUCCUUGCUUGAAUCGCACUCUAAGAUAGUGUGAACAAUUCUAGAUUUUCUAGAGUCAUGUAACGCGAGCUUACUGAAGAAAGCAAUCCAGCGGAUAGGAUGAGAUUCUGAGCCUCGAAGAGAGAAACGAGAUUUAUAGCGGAUCAUCUUCCAUAGUGAAUAUCGUGAGAUCUUCAUUUCAUUCUAGAUACACGUGUUGUGGGUCCAUUCCUUGCUAGUCCAGCUAAAUCUCUACCAAGCGAGAUAGAUCAGUUCUUUCAGAAGGCUGGGGACGAGGGCGUGAUCUUGGUGUCGUUUGGUACCGUGGUUGAAGCAAUUAGUGAUUCAUUACUGAAAAUUAUGGCUGAAACUUUCUCUAAACUACCACAGAAGAUUAUAUGGAAACUUAAGCCUAAUGGUAUGUCUGUCUGAAAAUAUAAAUCAUGUAUUAGAUUUAACACAGCAACGUCGAUAGGAAGAAAUUUCUUUGGACUGAACGUCUUGUAGGCGAAAUCGUGUAUACCCUCAACCAAAACUGAAAUUAUUCCACCAAACUGGGCUAUAGGAGUUUCGUGGAAAACAAGGCGUUUUACAGGGUGUAGUGUUAUGUACCAUGUAGGAAGAACCUACAACUUUAUAUCAAUUAACCCUUUCACUCCCAAGAUCUCAUUAGUAAUUCUCCUUACUGUCUGCCAUUCGCUUCUUAUGAUGUUAGUUCCUGGAAUCUGGUAUUGAAUCAACUAAUAUUUUCCCCUAAGUAAUAUUUUUCUUUAUUCUCAUCACUUGUCUCUUUGAUAUUAUAUUUAUUUAGUAAGGAGAAAUUCUGUCUUGGUCGCCUAUGGAAGUUAAAAGGGUUAAUAGAGAAUUUAAAUGAAAGAAACAUCAUAUAUCUGUAGUGCUGACAGUUCAAAGGGCGAUUGACUUCUUGAAGUAUUCAUUAAAAACAAGACAGACGUACAAUGUAAAAUAAUUAUAACAAGAAAAUAAUCUUCUGCUUAUAACUAUCGUAUUGGUGCUACAACCGUAAUAAGCUUCUGAUUGGAGUUACUCCCUUCAAACAAUAUUGACAAAGAACGUGACGAUCCAACGAGAAUAAUAUGACAGAGUACCUAAUAAAGAUGACACAGUAUUUGCGUAUAGAUUUUUCUCGGAUGUCGUAGCAAGUCAUGAUCUUCUUUCUCAAAUUUUGUAGAAAUUUCAAAAAUCACCGUUAGCGACAACAUCAAACUGUUGCCAUGGCUUCCCCAGAAUGACAUUCUUGGCCACCCUAAGACACGGCUAUUUAUCGCACACGCAGGACUCAAUGGAAUGCUGGAAUCAACCUACCAUGGUGUUCCUAUGAUAUGUUCACCUUUCUUCGGAGAUCAACCACACAACGCCCUGGCUGCAAAGCGGGCUGGGUUUGCUGAAGUGGUGGACCUUGAUACCACAUCAACAGAGGAGUUUUUUAAUUUGAUACAGAAAGUUUUAACAGAUCCAAGGUUAGUAUCACAGAGUUAAAAUACUUUUUCAUCGCUUCUUGAAAACAUUCCUUCACGAUCAUAAAUAAAAUCCUUAUGAAAUGAACUUCAUAGAGAAAGCUCCUUGAUACAGCGUAGCUCACAGCGCAGCGGAGCUCCAUACCUUCAAAGACAAAUUUUGGUAACCUAUAAAGCCGCGAAGUUUGUUCUGUCACGUACGUCAGCACAUACAAGUUGCUAAUUAAAUAAGGCGGAUCAAUUCUCAACCCGUGAAGGAAACGUUUCCUCUUGCUCCAUGACCGUGAGAAAAUAGAAAGACCCUGGGAUCAAGGCCUUUCACACAUCACUUGAUAUUGCUACUCAGUUUAACUCCUUACCUAAAAACUGAUACCGAUAUUAACAGUUGCAAUUUGAUUCAUUUAGCUACCGAGAGAAAGCAAAGCGAAUAUCAAAAUCUGUUCAGCUGUUGCCACGUUCACCCGUCAAGGAAGCCGCUGAUUGGGUGGAAUAUACACAGGCUCAAGGUGGUUUACAGUACCUAAGACCACGUGGCCUGGAUCUGCCGCUUUAUAAGCUCUUCCUUCUUGAUGUUUUGGCCGUUGUACUCUUAGUUUCAGUUGUUGUUUUAUUUGUCAUCAUUAUCAUGUUUAGAUCUGUAAUACGGUGUUUAUCAGGGUCCUCAAGGAAAGAGAAGGCAAACUGAAACGAGGUCGAGCUAGGAAUCCGUUGUUUUUCGGUUUACAUGGCGACUUCUGAAAUAUAGCUACAGGGCUAACGCUCGGAACGUCACCUUUAGAAACUCUUUACGGUGCCCAGUUUACAUUACCAACUCACUUUAUGAUACCAAAUAAUCUUGACAUACCGAAGAGUCGAGAACGAAUUCUUCGUUAUCCUUUACUCUCUUUGAUGACUGUGUUGAAAUAAAUAUGAAGAGGCAAAAAAAUGUUGAAAUUGACCUUUACGCAAAAUCUGCAAUACCACCGGUGCUCAUACACAGGGUCGCAGAAAACAUCAAUACAUACUUGCUUAUUGUCUUUUCUCAUUGCAUUUUGUAUCGAAAGUAAAAUUUUGUGGUGUAACAGACAUUGUUACUUGGUGAGCCCGCGAUGCCGAGUGCCAAACUCAUCAUGAUACUAGUAGUUAAGGAGGAAGCACUUGAGAAGAAUCUCUGGUAAACAUGUGUCGCAUUUUAGGCUGCUGAACGCGUAUCUCAAUAAACACUUCUUGGUUUGAGUUAUAUUUGAGUUGUGGAAGACACUACUGGACUACCAAUCUAUUCCACAAUAACUUCGUCUGUUGCAUGCAGAACUCUUGUCUGAACUUUGCUGUAAACUCAGAAGUGUGUCAAGGAUGUGUAAUGUCUGCUUUCCUGUUUAUAAUCAUUAUAGACUGAGAGCAACCUACCCUGCGCAAUCUGCUCAGUGCGACUAACAUAUCCUGCGCAAUCUGACUGCUGCGAGCAACAUAACCUACGCAAACUGAUGGUAUGAGUAACAUAACUUGCGCAAUCUGAUUGGGAGAACAGCACUGCUCUCGACGACUUAGGUGUGAUUAUUAUAAUUUUCUUUGCCAAGGAUAUCUCAGUUAAAUGAACGGCCUCCAGGAUGUUGACUGCUCAUUCAGAUCACUGAAUUAAAAGUCACUGCUGGGCUAGGUGAAAAAACAUGGUCAUAUUGGUAUUCUUUCGUUCAAAGUCCGUCAUAUCCCCCUAAGGUUAUCGUACAAGAACUUGUCGAUGACUCAGUGAAAUCCACGUCAGAUCAUAUUGUCAUCUAUUUUCGAACUGUAAAAAAAUAUGAAUAUAAGAAAUGAACUAAAAGAUAAACAAUGAAACAUUGUUUUUCGGAAAAUUAAGCCUCCUGUAUUGUCUGAAGCCUCUAGUCAUAAAUUUCCAGAGCGAGUUGACGUUAGGUCUGUUAAAGGGCAUAAUAAUUUGUUUCGUCGGUUAUAAUUACGUUCAGAGCUCUCAAACGAGAAAAAUUUCUCAUUUUGGCUCCUUGUCAGCGGUAUGGUCGCCAGAUAAUGACAUUAUUUGUACUACAACUUGUAGAUGCACUGCAAUCUAUGUUAGUCUGUACUGUUAUAUGAUCUCAAAAUGUAAAAAAGGGAAGAGAAACAGCCUCUCGGUGCAGUCUGACGUCUAUUAGUAGACCUCUAGAGCGAGUAAACAUAUAGACGCAGAUAUCAUCUACGAACCAAAUAGAAAGUUUAAAAAGCUGAGCCAGUAAGCCCUGUCGUUCGAUAAUAAACAGAUUAAAGCAGGAUAAAUCUGUUUUCAAGGCGGUCAAGGACUUAGGCGGCCCCUGGUCUGCACUUAACAGUAAUUCAUGCGUCACGAAUUUUAUGGGAAAAAUUCAAACUUCCUUUAAUAUUUCUUUUCAAUAAAAGUUACAUGUCGUGUAGUAAUUUUAAGUUUUAACACGCGUCACGUCAAACUCUUUGCGACCUUCAUCAUUCCUUCAGAGCUGUCGAACGUAGAAGAAAGUAGGUGAGUUUCCGUCGUCGUGUGGUAAGUCUUACGCAAUCCAUCUGCUUGCGUGACCUGACUCGACCCAAAGUCUCUGAUCUCGAACUUUGUAACCAUGUAUUUGGUGUUUAAUGAAUUGCACAAGAUGGCGGCUAUUAUUAUAUCGGUGUUUUUCGCUACUCUUUCCAGCUCUCUGGCUGCAAAUAUAGUCACGAUUCCCAUGUUUGGGAAGAGCCAUUACAUGUUUGUCUCCCGUCUUGGACAGGAACUGGCGGAGAGAGGUCAUCAGGUAUGCAAAUUUGAAAUGAGACUUAGAACAUUCUAACUCAGCCUCUGGCAGUAAGCAACGUUAGGGCAGCUGAAUGAUAUCUAGAUACGAAACUUAUCUAAUCGUGUUUAGGCGAGGAGCAUAUUUCAUAAAGAAAAGCAGAAUAUGAGAAGAAUAUAACGAGUUCAUGGACUGCUUUCAUGUCAUUUGCUGACACAGCGACCUCCUCACCAACCUCGCCAUGUAAAAUAAUUAACUACAGUCCUUGUGAGCUUUUCGCUCGCACAAAUGGGAAAAAGAGACUGACAUAGAAACAUUUCCUGGACAAAGCGCUGUUAGAUUGAAUUUAUUCUUGAACUUUUCAGUUUUUAGCUAUCUUCCAGUCUGGGCCACAAGGCUGAUUAAAUUUUGUUUACUUUACUGUGGUUUAAUUAGAGGCCAAACGUGACAUCAGUAACUGUUGAGGACACUAGCCAGAAGGCUCAUUUUUAUUUAAUUGAGCAUCAGAAUGAUCCUAAUAGUAACAAUGUUUAUCUGGUUGUUUAUAUUUCUAUUGGUUUUGUAAUCGGACCUUUCAGCGUCACCACGCGCAUAUAAAAGCGAGUUUAGCAUCCCUGUAAUCAGCUCUUCGUGAGUUUUGAGUAGUCUUAGUGAACUUUCGUCUUUUCGUUUCCUAAACCUUUGGCACAAGCGGAACCGAUAUUUUACGAUCGAUCGAUUGAUUGAUUGAUUAUGAUUGAUUUUCGAUUACUUGCAGGAUUUAAAAUUCGUGUAAAUGGUCAACUUUGGUCCGUUAUUCUUCAAUCUCGAUCUGUAAAAUAGCCCCCAAACACCUCGUUAACCGCCUCUUAGAGCGACACCGCUUAAAACCUUCUGAAUUAGAAUUUUCGUCGCCGCAAGUGCUACAAUAACCUUAACACCCUUUAUUUUUAACUAAUCCUAAGCAAAUAACGUACCCACCGUAAAUUUACUCAGACUAAGUAAGUACUGCUGUGACGAAUUUUGAGCCGACUAAUUUUUCACCGGACUAUUGGCAAUUUAGGAAAUGUAAUGCUAAUGUUGAGGUAUUGUUUAUUUUGUAAAGAGAUUGUCCAAAGGAAGAUUCACUCGCUAAGAGAACAUGUGCACGAAACAUUUGCACGGCUUGCGAGUUGCUAUUACUGAGUUCAGCAUCAAAUCUUUGCUCUCAUUCGGUCAAUCUUGAAAACGAUCAUAUACUGCUGAAUUAGACGGAAAGAAUAUAGCCUCGUCACUCUUGAUCAAUAUCCGGAAGGAUUACAUUUUAACUUCAUCUGAGAUUUAAUGACUCUUUUCCGAUGCACACCAAUAUCUCCACUGGAGGUUCAUUAAUCCCCAUGGCUUCUCAGCCGGAUGUCUUUUGGAGAGAGAAAGACUAUUACAAACUUGUAAGAGAGGCACAGUAGGAGUGAUUGUUUUUGUUCCGAACUCUCGCACUUCUUUGGUUGAAAAAACUUCAAUAUUUUAUAACCAACAAAGGUAGGCUUUCAGAUACAGGUAUAUUUUGAAACAAAACAAACAGCCUACACUAAAUCUAGAAACCAUCAAAUGUAUUACGAAUUCUACGUUAUACCCCUUGUGUAUAUCCCUUGUGCAAGUAUUGCCGGAUAAAGCCUAAAAUACUUGUAAAUAUUUCCACAGGUAAAGAUAUAUGUGGGAGCGACACAAACGUAUGCUGUAAAUAAUUCACUUGUACGAGUCUUCAAUGAUGACAAUUUUGCUCCAGUGUUGCGGUCAGCAUCAACAAGUUCUCCAACCUUCAAAUCGCUAAGCCCAAGACAAGAAUGGCAAAUGCUCCUAAUGUUCCAAUCCGUUUACUGUGAUGACCUUUUUAGUAAUACAGAUGUCAUGGAAGAGAUAUCUCACGCAGACAUCAUUGUUGGUGAAUUUAUUUACCUCUGCUCAACUUUAAUUGCGGACAAAUUCUCACUUCCACUUGUUCUAAUAUCAGCUGCCACAUUGGAUAUUCCCUCAGCAUUCGCCUUCGGCUUACCUGCCCCUCCUUCCUACAUACCACAGUAUGGAGUUUCUCUUUCAGACAAGCUAACAUUUUCGGAAAGAGCAUGGAGUCUUUUACAAUGGAUUAUUCUAUAUGGAUCUUACAUUUACGAUACGUGUCCGCCUUAUGAGAAGAUCAAGGCAAAGUACGCCAUUACACCCAGCAAGAGCAUACAAGAAACACUUGGCAGAGUUGACUUGAUAAUCGCACAGAUGAAUUUCUUGAUAGAUCAUUCAAGGCCUCUUUAUCCGAGUAAGUACCAACGCUCUUUAGAAUGGGCAUUUUUUUAUUUUUUUAAAAUUCCUAUACCACGGUCACUAUAAAUCUGGAGACUACCUUCUUUUCGUGAGCCUCGCUCCCACUCGGCUGUACGACGAACUUAGCGACGAACUUAGCGACGAACUCCACGACAAACUUCGCGACGGACUUCGCCGAAAAGGAGGGAAUGAUUGUAGUCUUAUGUAACUCGAGUACUUAAAAUUUGCGGCAAGAGAGAAGGCUACUGCUAGUUGAACAUUAUUCCUAAAUAUUUUUAUAACUGCAAAUUAAGGUUUCAAUGAAUUUGAGUGAAAAAAAGGAAAGUUCACAUCAUGGAGAUAUUUGUCAUCCUUUUAGGUGCAGGCCCUCACCAGCUGGGUUUUUGACUUUCUUAACUUCAUUGAUCAGAUGAUCAAGGAAUGAGCAUUUAAGAACUUUAAUUCUAGACUUUCUAGAGCCUACUGAAGAAAGUAAUCCAACGGAUAGGAUGAGAUUCUGGGCUUCGAGGGGACAAACAAGAUUUAUAACCAAUCAUCUUCCUUAAUGUAUAUCGUGAGAUCUUCAUUUCAUUCUAGAUACACGGGUUGUGGGUCCAUUCCUUGCUAGUCCAGCUAAAUCUCUACCAGACGAGAUAGAUCAGUUCUUUCAGAAGGCUGGGGACGAGGGCGUGAUCUUGGUGUCGUUUGGUACAGUGGUUGGAGCGCUGAGUGAUUCAUCACUGAAAAUUAUGGCUGAAACUUUCUCCAAACUACCACAGAAGAUUAUAUGGAAACUUAAGCCCAAUGGUAUGGUUGUCGGAAAAAUCGUAUGGUUGUCGGAUCCAUUAGUAAUUCUCCUUACUGUCUGCCAUUCGCUUCUUAUGAUGUUAGUUCCUGGAAUCUGGUAUUGAAUCAACUAAUAUUUUCCCCUAAGUAAUAUUUUUCUUUAUUCUCAUCACUUGUCUCUUUGAUAUUAUAUUUAUUUAGUAAGGAGAAAUUCUGUCUUGGUCGCCUAUGGGAAUAAAAGGGUUAAUAGAGAAUUUGAAUGAAAGAAACAUCAUAUAUCUGUAGUGCUGACAGUUCAAAGGGCGAUUGACUUCUUGAAGUAUUCAUUAAAAAAACAAGACAGACGUACAAUGUAAAAUAAUUAUAACAAGAGAAUAAUCUUCUGCUUAUAACUAUCGUAUUGGUGCUACAACCGUAAUUAGCUUCUAAUUGAAGUUACUUCCCACAAACAAUACUGACAAAGAACAUGACGAUCAAACGAAGAUAAUAUGACAGGGUACCUAGUGAAGAUGACAGUAUUUGCGUGUACAUUUUUCGCAUAACUCUUACACAACGUCGCAAUUCAUUAUCUUCUUUCUCAAAUUUGCAGACAUUUCAAAAAUAACCGUUAGCGACAACAUCAAACUGCUGCCAUGGCUUCCCCAGAAUGACAUUCUUGGCCACCCUAAGACACGGCUAUUUAUCGCACACGCAGGAAUCAAUGGAAUGCUAGAAUCAACCUACCAUGGUGUUCCUAUGAUAUGUUCACCUUUCUUCGGAGAUCAACCACACAACGCCCAGACCGCAAAGCGGGCCGGGUUUGCUGAGGUGGUGGACCUUGAAGCCACAUCAACAGAGGAGUUUGUUAAUUUGAUAAAGAAGGUUUUAACAGAUCCAAGGUUAGUAUCACAGAACUUAAAUACUUUUUCAUCACUUCUUGGAAACAUUCCUUCAAACUGAUACAGAUAUUAACAGUUGCAAUUUGAUUCAUUUAGCUACCGAGAAAAAGCAAAGCGAAUAUCAAAAUCUGUUCAGCUGUUGCCACGUUCACCCGUCAAGGAAGCCGCUGAUUGGGUGGAAUAUACACAGGCUCAAGGUGAUUUACAGUACCUAAGACCACGUGGCCUGGAUCUGCCGCUUUAUAAGCUCUUCCUUCUUGAUGUUUUGGCCGUUGUACUCUUAGUUUCAGUUGUUGUUUUAUUUGUCAUCAUUAUCAUGUUUACAUCUGUAAUACGGUGUUUAUUAGGGUCCUCGAGGAAAGAGAAGGCAAACUGAAACGAGGUCGAGUUAGGAAUUCAUUGUUUUUUGGUUUACAUGACGACUUCUGAAAUAUAGCUACAGGGCUAACGCUCGGAACGUCAGCUUUAGAAACUCUUUACGGUGCCCAGUUUACAUUACCAACUCACUUUAUGAUACCAAAUAAUCUUGACAAACCGAAGAGUCGAGAACGAAUUCUUCGUUAUCCUUUACUCUCUUUGAUGACUGUGUUGAAAUAAAUAUGAAGAGGCAAAAAAGUGUUGAAAUUGACCUUUACGUAAAAUCUACAAUAUCACCAGUGCUCAUACACAGGGUCGCAGAAAACAUCAAUACAUACUUGCCUAUCGUCUUUUCUCAUUGCAUUUUGUAUCUAAAGUAAAAUUUUGUGGUGUAACAGACAUUGUUCCUCGGUGAGCCCGCGGUGUCGAGUGUCAAACUCGUCAUGAUACUAGUAGCUAAGAAUGACGCACUUGAAAAGAAUCUCUGUAAACAUGUUCCGCUUUUUAGGCUGCUGAACGGGUAUCUUAAUAAACACGUCUUGGAUUGAGUUAUAUUUGGGUUAUGGAAGAAACUACGGGACUGCCAAUCUAUACCACAAUAACUUCGUCUGUUACAUGCAGCAUGC